CCCCCAUCCCUCCCCUUUCUCACCUCCACCCCAUCAACUCCCACUCCUCCUUCAGCCCCCGAAUCCCUCCUCAGCUCCCUCACACAUCAAUCCCUGCUCCCAAUCCCCCCGCAGCCCCACAUCCCUCUCCAUCCUCCCGUCUCCCCCCCUCGCCGAGGGCGGGCCGUCCCCGUUCCCAUUCCCGCUGCCUCUCUCCCUCAGGGAGCGGCGGCUCGGGCGCUGCCGGCCGGGCCAUGUACGCGGGGCGCAGGCGGAGGAAGCCGGUGCCGCGGGUGACGCGGCCGGGCCCGGCCGAAGGCGGCGGCUCCAACCCGUCCAAGCGGCACCGGGAGCGGCUGAACCGGGAGCUGGAGCGGCUGGCGGGGCUGCUGCCCUUCCCGCCCGACGUGGUGGCCGGGCUGGACAAGCUCUCGGUGCUUCGCCUCAGCGCCGGCUUCCUGCGCGCCAGGAGCUUCUUCGGAGUUGCCCUGAAGAAUCCUAGUGCCAAAGAGGCCCAGAGGGACGGAGACUGUGCCCCCGGACCAGCUCCGGGCUCGGCAGCGGUGCCUGAGGGUGAGCUGCUCCUACAGGCACUCAAUGGCUUCGUGCUGGUGGUGACAGCAGAAGGGCUGAUAUUUUACUCCUCGCAUACAAUCCAGGACUAUCUGGGAUUUCAUCAGACAGAGGUCAUGCACCAGAGCGUCUUCGAGCUGAUCCACACUGAGGACCAGCCAGAAUUCAGGCGCAACCUCCACUGGGCCCUCGACCCACCACGCGCUCCUGAGGGUGAGCCUUCUCCAGAAGCGGGGAAGAGUCUUGGCUCUUCUGCUGUCAUCUACAAGCCGGAUCAGCUGCCCCCAGAGAACUCCUCCUUCCUGGAGAGGAGCUUUGUGUGCCGCUUUCGCUGCCUCCUGGAUAAUUCCUCCGGCUUCCUGGCUUUAAACCUUCAAGGCAGGCUGAAAUUCCUUCAUGGGCAGAACAAAAGGUCUGCAGAUGGCUCUGCCCUGCCCCCCCAGCUCGCUCUGUUCGCCAUCUCCACGCCCCUGCAGCCCCCGUCCAUCCUGCAGAUCCAGACCAAGAACAUGAUCUUCAGGACGAAGCACAAGCUGGACUUCACGCCCCUGGCAUGUGAUCCCAAGGGGAAGAUUGUCCUGGGCUACACCGAGGCGGAGCUGCGGAUGUGUGGCACCGGGUACCAGUUUGUCCACGCUGCUGACACGCUGUACUGUGCUGAGAACCACGUCAGGAUGAUGAGGACGGGGGAGAGCGGCCUGACGGUGUUCCGGCUGCUGACCAAGGAGAACCGCUGGAAGUGGGUGCAGGCCAACGCGCGGCUCGUCUACAAGAACGGCAAACCCGAGUACAUCGUGGUCACGCAGAGACCCCUUGUAGAUGAAGAAGGAGGAGAGCACCUUCGGAAACGGUCCAUGCAUCUUCCCUUUACCUUUGCUACGGGAGAGGCGCUCCUGUACCAAAGCGCCCACCCUCUCCCGGGCUUCCCUGAUCCUUUCCAGAGCAAAGGGAAACCCAGCAAGUGCAGGAAGCCCUCCUGCAGCCGUGGAGGGCGCUCCCAGAAGAACGGCGCUGACCCCAGGUCUCUGCUGGGCACUGUGAUGCGGCAGGACAAGGCAGUGUACGCCUCCCACCCGGCUCUCACUCCCAACCCUUCCCUCAGCAGCACUUCCCACCUCGGGAAUGUGUCCUUGCCAGGUGCAGGAAGGAACGCCUGGAGUAUGGGCACUGCUCCAGUUUCCUCCAGGGGGAACAGCCUCAAAGAGAAGCUGCUGGAUUUGCAGCAGGAAGACCCUCUCUUGGCCACUCUGGACUCGCUCUCAAUUAAGAGUGACGAGAGCUGUUCCAACAACGAGCUUUUCACUGCUCUGGAGGGCCUGGGCUUGACCGCUGAGGACCUGGAGCUCCUGCUGCUGGAUGAGAAAAUGGUGAUGGUCAAUAUGGACCCAGACCACCCAUCCCUGAACAACAGCCUGGUCAGCAACCAGGUUCUCUCCUACAUCCCCUGCCCUCUGGUGAAGGAGCACGAGGGAGGGCAGCAGGUCUGUCCCCUGCCAGGCACAUCCUCCAGCCCACAGGGAGGCACUGCCCCAUGCCACACGGCGAACAAGGACUCGAGGUACCGCCUGGCACAGCGUGCAGGGCAGCCCUGCACUGCCCCGGGCCAGCCCCCUGUCCCGCUGUGGGAUCAGCCCCUCAGUGCUGUGCCAGGGCUGCUUCUGGAGCUGGCUGAGCAGGAAGAGCUGUCCAGUGGCUCCCAGUGGAGACCAGCUGGGGAGAAGGCUCUGCUCCGCUUCCUCCAGCCAGCGCCGAGCACCCCAUGGGACAAGGCCCCCAGCUCAGCCCCGGGAACCCCCUGCCCGCAGGGGCUGCCCGGGGCCCAGCAGCUGCAGGGCGGCUUCCCAGCCGUGCAGCCCCUCCAAGGGGAUGCCCACCAGUCCUUCUCCCUGCCCAGCCAACGCCAGGCCCGCGUGGCACCGCCCAGCCGGUCAGAGCGCUGUCACUUGCUGGUGAACGGGUUGUGUGGCCACGGCCCCGGCUCCCCUCCACGCCCCAGCCCGUGGCAAGACUAUGUCUCCCCACUCCUGGGGUCUCCAGCUCAGCCUGGCUCUUACGGCCUCAGCCAUGACUUGAUGUCCCAGCAGCAGGGCUGUUGGGGCUCCAGGCCCAGCAUGCCCCCACAGCGCUUUAUCCUGAAGGGAUCCUGCGGCGUGGGAGCUGCAGGCACUGGGGACUCCUGGGAAGAGGUGGCUCCAUACCCCCAUUUUUUUCCGUCUUCCUGCCAGCUUAUUCCCGAAAAGCAGCUGAGCCCUUUUCCCUCUGUGCCCCAGCACCCUUUCCCCAGCUCAGCUGCAGGGCACUUUGGGAGCAUCGGCGGCCCUCUGGACACGCUGAAUUCCUGUGGAACACGUGCCUCUGCGCUGAGCCAGGAGGGCAGGCACAGGCCCCGCAGCAGCUGUGGUUUGCCCAGCUCUCCCAGGGGAUUGCCCCAAGAGCACCCGGUGCUGGGGGGAAGCCUGGCACUGCCCUGCCAGCCUCAGCCCCGGGCAGAAGUGCUGCCAGAUCCCCCUCACGCCUCCAGGGGAGACUUCUGUCUGUAGAGAGGCUGGAAUGGACAAAGCAGGACUGUUCCCUGGGGAAGGAGCUCCCUUCAAGCUGCAGAUAACAAACCUUGCCCACUGCUGUGCACAUCCUGCUGGUGCUAUUGAUGGUGGUUGCUUUGGCUCGCCUGGGGGUUUGGGCCCUUUUCUCACCUUCCCACCAUUCUGCUCCGUGUGCUGUUCCUGUGGAGGUGUCCCUGGCCUGUGGAGGGACAGCAGCAGGGCAAGCUGACACAUUUCCCAGGGCACUGGAGCAAGCUGAGCUGUGGUUGCAGGUCAGCCCAUGAGUGCAACCAAAGUUUUGCAUUUAUGUGCACAAUCCAACACGGAUGCAAGAUUGAUGUGCCCAAAAGAAAGAGACAGAAAAGGUUUUCACCUCUGGUAUUAAAUUUCCUGCCAUCCCAGCCAGGCACCUGUGUAUGUGGCCACGUUGUACAGAUUUUGCCUGUUUUAUAAGGAAAAUGAGCCCUGUGUUGUGUUCUCGUGUUGUUCUGGUCCUUCCCCACCCCAGCUUUCCCUGUGUCCUAGGUGUUCCCACUGUUUGGGUUAGAGCUCCUGUAGCAAACACCCUGGGCUUUGCUGUACUGUACAAGAUAUGCCCAGGUUGGCUGCUAAGCUGGUUUUCUCUGGGUGCUGGCCUGUCAGGUACCUUCAGGCUUCCAAGUCUCAAAGUUUUCAGUUAAAAACCAGAAAUUUCAGUAAGUAAAGAAAAUAAGUAUAAUGCUACUUAAUUGUAAGUAAGUACUGAGAGAGUGAUGUGUUCCCACAGGAAAAAAUCCCCUAUAUGUGUGUAUAUAACAUGAGCUGACAGAUUUAUUUUUAUGCCAGUCCAGUGGAGGGAAAAACAACCUCUUGCCAUCCCAAAGCAGCAUCCUGUGGACUGGGAUGCAGAGGUUGUUUAAAAGAUCAGAAACACAGUGACCCUUCAAGAAACCUGACAAAGCUCAUCCUUCCUCCUGCUUGCCCAGCUUUGGAUUCAUGUGAAUUCCUACUGGUUUUGUUUCAAUAAAUGGUUUUGGAGUUCCUCCCUGA